GGGUCUGCUCAGUGCUAACACAAACAAAUAAAUGUCCAUGGAUGUCGGUUGCAAUAGAAAUGAACAUCUUGACAUGCACAUUGGAUUCAAUAAAUAUAUGGUAAUUGAAACUGCCUCUGGAAGCAAUAGACAUAUGUGAAUUGAAAUAUGUGGCUUAAACCUGAAGAGAUAUUGCUGAAAAAUGCAUUCAAGUUAUGGGUGACGGAAAAAGGCAACGAUUAUUUCGUAUUACAAAGGAGGCGAGGAUAUGGAGAAGGAGGAGGCGGUUUGACAGGUCUCCUGGUUGGAACUCUGGAUACGAUGCUGGACUCUACGUCUAAGGUUGCGCCGUUUCGCAUUCUACACCAGACACCGGACUCCCAGGUCUACUGGUCAAUAGCGUGUGGUGGCACCAAGGAGGAGAUCAGCCAACACUGGGAGUGGCUGGAGAAGAACAUCAUGAGAACCCUGUCUGUGUUUGACUCCAGCGAUGACAUCACCAGCUUUGUGCAGGGCAAGAUCAGAGGUCUGAUUGCUGAGGAAGGAAAGGUGUCAUGCGUGCAGGAGGAUGACCCUGAGAAGUUCCGUGAGGCGCUGCUAAGGUUUGAGAAAUGGUUUGACCUCCCUCAGAAGGAGAAGCUGGUCACCUACUACUCCUGCAGCUACUGGAGGGGUCGRGUGCCCUGCCAGGGCUGGCUCUACCUCAGCACCAACUUCCUGUCCUUCUACUCCUACCUGCUGGGCUCCGAGGUGAAGCUGGUUAUCUCCUGGAAUGAGAUCUGGAGGRUGGAGAAAACGUCCAAUGUCAUCCUGACGGAGAGCAUCCAUGUGUUGGCCAAUGGAGAGGACCACUUCUUCUCCAUGUUCCUUCAUCUCAAUGAGACCUUCCUGAUCAUGGAGCAGCUGGCUGACUACUCCAUCAAACGCCUGUUUGAUAAGGAGACUUUCCAGGAAGAGCCCUCCCUCUCAGACCCUCUGCAGAUCACCAAGAGAGGCUUAGAAACGCACGCUAGGAACGAGCAGUUCCGGGCCUUCUUCAGGCUGCCUAAAGAGGAGAACCUGCUGGAGGUGUAUGAGAGCUUUCUGUGGGUGCCCUUCAGCCACUUCAACACGCUGGGGAAGAUCUGUCUUUCCGAGAGCUACCUGUGUUUCGCCAGCCAGGAUGGCAGCCAGUGCCACGUCAUCAUCCCCAUGAGAGAGGUGAUUGGUGUGGAGAAGCCGGACCGUAGCAGCAGGGCUUUGAUUGUGUGUGUGCGGGGUAAGAGGGCUCUACGGUUCUCUGAAGUCCGAGACUUUGAGCGCCUCGCCAAUGCAAUCCGCAAGAGGUGUGGGAUGACGGCCAGUCCUCAGCACUCUGCAUCAACUGAUGUCAUCAGAGGGGAGUGCCAGAACCUCAUCAAUCACUUUGAGGACAACCCAGAGGAGGUGGCUUUGAUGGUGGGACAGAAGGACAGCAGCAAGGCGGUCAGCACUGAGGCCCUCAUGACCGUGUUCCAUCCCCAGGACACUGAAAACCUGGACCCCAAAAUGCUGAAGGAGAAGAUGAAGGAGCAGUCAUGGAACAUCCACUUCUCAGAAUAUGGCCGUGGCACCAGUAUGUUCUGUACCAAGAAGACACGAGACCUGAUUGUGCGUGGCGUCCCUGAGGCCUUAAGGGGAGAGCUCUGGAUGCUUUUCUCAGGUGCAGUCAACGACAUGGCCACUAACCCGGGGUACUACAGUGAGCUGGUGGAUCAGUCUCUGGGGACCAGCACCCUGGCCACUGACGAGAUAGAGCGAGACCUGCACCGCUCCCUACCAGAGCACCCUGCCUUCCAGAGCGACACAGGCAUCUCUGCCCUGCGCAGAGUCCUCACCGCAUACGCCUACAGGAACCCCAAAAUCGGCUAUUGCCAGGCCAUGAACAUCCUGACGUCAGUCCUUUUGCUCUAUGCAAAAGAGGAGGAGGCUUUCUGGCUGCUGGUGGCCGUCUGUGAGAGGAUGCUGCCUGAUUACUUUAACCGCAGGAUCAUCGGUGCACUGGUGGACCAGGCGGUGUUUGAGGAACUGAUUCGAAUGCACCUCACCCAGCUGACGGAGCACAUGACAGACCUGACCUUCUUCUCCUCCGUGUCCCUGUCCUGGUUCCUCACCCUGUUUAUCAGCGUCCUGCCAAUAGAGAGCGCGGUCAACGUGGUCGAUUGCUUCUUCUACGACGGCAUCAAAGCCAUCCUGCAGCUGGGCCUGGCUGUGCUCGACUACAACAUGGAGGGCCUGAUCAGCUCCCAUGACGACGCUGAGGCAGUCACCAUCCUCAACAAGUUUUUUGAUAAUGUUACAAAUAAGGACAGUCCUCUUCCACAAACAGUGCAGCAAAACUCUGUAGGGAACAACGACAAAGCAUCAUCCAUCUCCAAGGUGGACGUCAGUGAUCUCAUCAAAGAAGCCUAUGAGAAAUAUGGAGACUUGAAAUCAGAGGAAGUAGAGAGCAUGCGGAAAAGAAACAAACUAUAUGUUAUCCAAACGUUAGAGGAUACAACCAAGCAAAAUGUGCUGCGGGUAGUGUCACAAGAAGUAAAGUUCAGUGCUUCCCAGCUUGACGAACUUUAUGUAUUGUUCAAGAGGCAACAUUUCCUCAGCUGCUACUGGAUGAUGAACAGCCCAGUGCUGCUGCACCACGACCCCAGCCUGGCCUAUCUGGAGCAGUACCAGCUGGGCUUCCAUCAGUUCAGCCUGCUCUUCUCCCUCCUGGAGCCCUGGUCCCUCUGCAGCGGAAAGGACGCCCUCUUCCUCUGGGCCUUCCGCCUGCUGGAUGAGAACCAGGAUGGCCUCGUCAACUUCAAAGAGUUCUGCUGUGCCUUGGACAUUUUGUACAGCGGCACUUUCACCAACAAACUGAAAUUCCUGUUCAAGCUUCAUCAGCCACCAGCUUUCACAGGUAGUCCUUUCCAAUCAAAGGCCCAAAGACUGCCUCACUUUAUUCCAAUGACUGACGACCUAUCCCUCUUGAGUCGAUUGACUGUGUCUGAUCUUCCAGAAGAUGGCGUGAUCAGAAAAAGCCCUGAAAGAGGCAGAGGGAAAGUGGAUCUGCAGGCCUACCUGAAACAAUGGCAAGAUGAGAUACUAAAGAAAGAGGAGAGCAUAAAGGAUUUACCCAGAAUUAACCAGGCUCAGUUUAUCCAGUUUUCCAAAACGCUCUACAACCUGUUCCAUAGUGACCCAGAGGAAGAGUCUCUGUACCGUGCUGUGGCUCGAGUUACCAGUCUUCUGCUGAGAAUGGAAGAAGUAGGGCGCAGGCUCCAGGAGCCCACCAGUCCCCAGAAGUCCAGCACUAGCCCCAUCCAGGCUGCCCUAGAGGGGGCUCUACCUGACGGGGAGGCUUCCAGCACUCCUGAGAGCAGCUCUGACACCCCUAGCACUCCCAUCACUCUGGAGGCAGGCUCCAUCCCACAGGAGGUCGAGUGGUCAUUCGCUUUUGAGCAGAUCCUGGCAUCCCUGCUCAACGAGCCUGUCCUUGUGCGCUUCUUUGAGAGGCCUGUAGACAUUCAAGCCCGGCUGGACCAUGCCAAGUGUGCUCAGUUGAAAGCCAAGACAAACAAGUGAAGGAUCCACUGUGGGUUUAACCCUCUUAUCAAAGCCAUUAAGUCUCUGUUCACUAUCCUCUCUAUUUUCUACUGUUAUUUCUCCGCCUGGUCAGGUAACAGGAAAGGAUCCUAAGCCAACCCUGUUCACUGUAACCAAACGUAGAAAUAUACUUGUAUAAAUUCCAGUUGUAUCUUGUAGAUUCAUAGUUUGUCCUGUCAUCUGCACACCAGCGAACCUGCUCAAGCAUCUUGCUUCUAUGUGCCAGAGUGGUUUUUCUCAUGCAGCCAUAAAUCUCUCAGCUAAUUUUCAGAAACACCAGCCUUUCAAAUUGGGGGGAGAGUGAUCAGUUGACCUGUGUGGAAUAUAUAGGGAGCACCCUCCAGGGUAGUCACUUGAAGCCAACAAUGGAAGUCAAUCAUUGCUUGAUACCGGUGCAUGUAGAUGGGAUUAAUAAUUGUAUAUGAGACCCUUACUGUUGCUCAUCCAUAAUUAUGCAAUGAAUGGAACCUAGAAUGGAGAGAUGAAAGAGGGACCACUGUUAUUGUAUUUCUAGGUUUACUUUGUAAUGAAGGGAUGUGGCCAGUUUAUUUCUGGUCAUUUUAUGGAGGGGGGCUUUUGAAAACAAUGGGACCACUACUUACUAAAGGCCCAAGAGAGUGCUGAAUAGUUGGAAUUCUACAUUUCAGUUUUUUUUAUGACAUAUCUUAUGUUUUUGUCUUCAAAUAUCCAUUUGUUUUGCUGAAAUAUCAUGAGUGAGGGAACAAGAGCAUGUUGUCAUUGCCAAGUCAAAUCACUUUCAGGACACAAACUAAAAACUAAUUGUAUAGUUGUUGUUGAGGCAACCACAAAUGAGGACAUUGUGCAAUAUUUAGAUUCUAACUAAUGUCUGAGUCUAAAGGAAAUUAAGUUAAUGUAUAUAUAAUUUGAUAUACAGAAGAAUGUACUUAACUGUCUUAUGAUUUAUAUUAUCUUGUUUGAUAUUGUACAUUUAAUUGAGUUGCAAAGGAAUUACUAAAUAUUUGUCAGAGUAAAUGUUAUAUUUAUAAUGUUUUGUAACAGGAAAUUCUUGUUAUGUUUGAUUAUAUUUGUCAGACUGCAGAAAAAAUAUUUUCACGUGCAUAACUGGUAGUGUAUAUCCUGUUACACAUUCCUUUAUAAAUUGUUAGACUUUUUUGAAAUGCUGUUAAGCAUGAAAGGAUGCAUGGGCAUGGAUAAAUUAUGACAAUAACUAAUUAUUCCAAAUGCAACACAGUUGGCUCUGAAUGUGUUACUUUAUUUCUAGGUUUGAUGUGGUGGACUGUAAAAUGCAGGAUUUUAGUCAGAUGUUGAUUGGAAAAAAACCUGCUUCAAUGUCCUUUGUGUAGUAUAGAUAUUUCUAUUUUACAUGAGCAGUUAUAAAUAUUUAUUUUCAAAAUGAGUCAGGAAAAGGACAGCUGAGCAACUUUUACAUGAUUUGUAUUUUCUGUAUUUGAGCGUUUUUCCUCAGUGCCAUCUGUGUGUAAAAUCAAACCUUGCAGUUAUAUUAUAGUCCUCUAAAAUGAUAUUCCUUGUUAUAAUAGAUGCUAAGGUUAAUAUAAAUGUCACUUUAAAGCAUUUACUUGACAGCACAAUAUCAUAAAAUAUGGUCGAUAUGUAGCUAUUUUGCAGUUUUUUUAAUCAAUCUAGUAAUGAAUACUUAUUCAUGGGAGAGCAAGUGUUACUGUUUAAAAUUAGCAGUUUACUCUACAUUGCAUUAGUAGUGACUCUUGAGUGUGAAGUUAAAUUCACCUGUGAACAAGUCAACUAAAUGAAAGUCUUAACAUAUUUGCAGGGAAAUUGCCAUUUCAAAUGACACAGUUCUCAUGAUAGAUUGUUGUAGACUACACUCACAUUUAGAAAUAAAGAGACAUUGUCUAUGGGCUUUAUCAGUUAUGCAGUAGACAUCUGUAGUCAGAUUUUUAUCAACUUGAUGCAAUACAUAGGAUAAUGGUGUACUUAUUACCAGUGAAACUAUAUUACGUGACCUUUUAUUUCCCCUUUAAGCAGUUUACGCUUUAAGAUGACUCAUAGCACAAAUGUAUUUAGGCCGACUUAAGAUAACUUGUAAAUGUAAUGGCAUUGUUUCCAAUUAAUGGUCUUAAUUACAGUACUCUCAUUUAAACACAUUUAUAUGGUGACUGUCUACAGUCUGUGUACUGCCUGUUUUUGUGGGGGGGGGGGGGGGUUUGGAGGAAAAUGAAUCCGUUGAAAUGUUAUGUCGUUUUUGAUCUGCCUGUGCCUACCACAAGUGACACUAUGUGAAUGUCAAACGUCUUGAAAUGAAAUAAAGUUAUAAUUAAAAAAUCUGA